GCUAUGCCUCCUAUACAUAGAAAAACAUAUUAUUUUGCUGAUCAAAAUCUCAUUGGAUUAGACUAGAUCGGUGUCGUGGUCUGUCUUGCCUAUGUCGUCGGUUUCGAUGUUCUGACGCUUCUCAUUUUCCUCAUACUGUUAUUUUUAGAAUUAGUUGUACUUAUAGGAUACCAAUCAUCUUCAUGCUGGAUAAUAAGUUGCCAUCAUCUGCUAAUUAAGCUUUGAUGAGUUCGUUGUGCAUCAAAAUUAACUGCCAGCUUUCUAUUCUUCGUGUCUCAGGAUGGCUCCUAAAAUAUUGUGAUUUGAUGUGGGGGAAGAUGAUAUCACUCAAGACUGCCAUAGUACUGGCAUAGUACUGCCAUAGUAAAGCCAUAGUACUACUGCCAUAGUACUGCGGUAGUUACCACCGGUGGUCACGAAUAGCCAUAUUAUCAGGAGUGGUUAG